ACGCCCAACUCCCACAAUGACACCAAGUGGGUCACGUGCGGGAACUUCUCGUCCCCGAAAAACUACUCGCGGGUCAUGUGCACGCCGCAGCCGAACGCGUUCAAUCCCUGCGAGGACCUGAUGGGAUACGAGUGGCUGCGGGUGUUCGUCUGGUUCGUCUGGUUCGUCCUCCUCGCCGCGUUGGGCGGCAACCUCAUCGUCAUCAUCGUCCUUCUCACGGCCAGGAGCAAGCCGACCGUGCCCAAGUUCCUCAUGUGCAAGCUCUCGUUCGCUGAUUUCCUGAUGGGGCUCUACCUCCUCCUCAUCGCCUCGGUGGACGUUCACUUCCUGGGAGAGUACUUCACCCACGCCGUCUCCUGGCAGAACGACGGCGGGUGCCAGGUGGCCGGUUUCCUCACCGUGUUCGCCAGCGAGCUGAGCGUCUUCGUUCUGACGGUCAUCACCAUGGAGCGGUGGUACGCCAUCAGCCAGGCCAUCCACGUCAAUAAACGUCUGCGCAUGCGCCAGGCCACGGGACUCAUGUUCUUCGGCUGGAUCUACGCGUCCUCGAUGGCGCUGCUUCCGCUUUUCGGCGUCAGCGGCUACGGCGCCGUCAGCAUCUGCCUGCCGAAGGAAGCGAGGGAUGUCUGGGACAUCGUCUACAUCAUGUCUACUUAUCUUCAACGACUUUGCAUUCAUGGUGAUAUCCGGCUGCUACAUCAGUAUGUUCCUCAAGGUCAGAGCCAGUGAGAAUAUGGCCAGGAGCAACGACGCCACCAUCGCCAAACGCAUGGCCAUACUCGUUCUCACCAAUUUCAUCUGCUGGGCCCCCAUCGCGUUUUUCGGCCUGACAGCCUCGUUCGGGCACCCGUUGAUCGACAUCACGAACUCUAAAAUCCUCCUCGUGUUCUUCUAUCCGUUCAACUCUUGUGCCAACCCGUUUCUGUACGCCAUUCUCACCAAACAGUUCCGCAAGGACUUCUUCAUCCUCCUCGGCCGGUACGGCUUCUGUACGGACAGGGCCAACAAGUACAAAGGUACCUCCAUGACGCGGUUGUACUCCAACUCGCGGCAGAACGGCCUGCAGCUCAAUGUCACCCACAACAACCCCACCGACAUCAGCAUUCUCAGCCAGUACAGG